CCCUCGUUUUGGUCAACUGACACGGAGUCGGAUAAUUGAUAUGACAAAAGAUAUGGACUCCGAUGACGUCUUUGAGCAUUACAAGCCUGCUGCUACUUCUUCUGGCCAAACGAAAGAUAACAAGAGGGCUCGAGGGGAGAGCAGUAAGACUCCCUCGAAGAAGGCUCGAAUCGACGAUCCUCCAGCCACUGCCCCCUCGAAGGAGAACUCACCACCUCCACCAUCCUCCAAGCAGCCGGCCUCCACUUUCGCCGACCUACAGCCUUCUCCUAAGGCCCCUAGUAGGGAGGCAUUGAACAUUCAGCCCGAAGGCUCCCUGCCCAGCCUCAUGGUUAGCUCUGCUAGGGAGAGAAUAUACAAACUCUCCAAGCAUAGACACAGCCAGGCAGCUAUUACCGACACCGCCUCUAUGGAGGCUAACCAAGUCCUCAAUAGAGGGUUGAAUGAGAUAGUUAGCGACACCUUGAAGAAAGCCAACGAGACCAAGGAAAAGUUCAAGGAAAGCACCAAGCUCAACUAUCAAGAAUCUGCACAGCUCAAGCUUGAUCUGGUUUCCAGCAGGCAGGAGGCAGAGGAGCUCGGAAAACGAGUGCAGGAGUUCGAGGAGGCCGGGGCCAGGGAUUUGAAGAAAUAG